CCGCAGGUGACCCGGCGCCGAAAUGCAGCCGCGGCUCUGGCUCCUCGUGGCUGUGACCGUUACUGUAGCCGUGAAGAAGCUCGCAGCUCUCCAGGGCAGCAGUCACCACCAGCAGACUCCCAGCUCCCUGGUGCUGCAGACCAACCAAGAGGCGACAAUGGACUGCGAGGUUAAAGGCCCCCUGAACAACGUCCGCAUCUACUGGCUGAGGCAGCGCCAGGCCCCUGGCAAGGACAGCUACUACGAGUUCCUGGUCUCUGAGGAUUUGAACAAAAACACUGCCUACGGCAAGAACGUGACACCAGGCACACUCACUCUGUCUUGGAGUUCUCGGGGUACCACCCGCUUCAUUCUCAGUCUCAAACACACGAAGCCUGAGGACAGCGGUGUCUACUUCUGCAUGACCAUGGGGUCUCCUGAGCUGAACUUCGGAACAGGAACCAGCCUGAGUGUGGUUGACGUCCUGCCCACCACCGCCCAGCCCACCAAGAAGACGACCCCGAAGAAGAAAAAGUGCCAGCCCCCCAGCCCAGGGACCCAGAAAGGCCUGCGCUGUGGCCUCAUUACCCUCAGCCUUCUGGUGGGCGGCGCCCUGCUCCUGCUGCUGUCCCUGGCCGUGGCCGUCCACCUGUACUGCCUGCGGAGGAGAGCGCGGCUUCGCUUCAUCAAACAGUUCUACAGAUGAGCGGAGACAGUGCUAAUGGUAGCUUGCUCCCAAGAGCCUUGGGUCGGGAACGCGCAACAUCUGGACAGAGGAGGAAGAAGGGGACACGCUCAUGGAUGGAAAUGCUGCUGCUGCUGGAGCUGCCUGCUUUUACCUGCUGUGAUUUCUUUCUGGGGGCCUCGCACUGGAGCCCUUGGGGUUCACCACUGAGAACCAGAGAGAAGGCUCCAGAACCCCAAGGAGGUUCGCAAAGUGUGCUGGAGGACUGAUAGCACCAAAGUCACCACCUUUGGUUCCUGUGCCCUUCCCAGGUGGGCUGGGACCUUGGUGGUGGCCACACAGCUCACAUCUUUGAAAGUUGCUUUGCUCUAGGAUGUCAGGGACAUUGGCUCCUGGGUCUGUUACAGGGUGGGGCUGGAAUGACUACCUCCCCAAGAGGCUGCUUGUGAAUAAGGCUUCCUGGGAGGGAAUUCCCAGCAUCCCUGGGAGCCCCCAGCCUUCCUUUGGGGCUGGGGAAGGAAUUUCUCUCCAGAGCUUGUAUACUUCUCCCACUCUGUCCUUUUAGGAAAAUA